AUGGCCCAGGCCGCAGAGCCAGCGGGCGGCCCGGGGGCCCUGGGGCCGCGGGAGGGGGCACCUCCGGCUGAGAGCGCAGAGGCUCCGGGGGCGGCCGGGGAGGACGCCGACGCGACGGCCGGGCUGAGGGCGGGCGAAGGCGCGGGGCCGGGCGGAGGGUGCGCGGGGGACGCGGGGGCUGAGACCCCGGGAGGGAGCGGAGCGCAGGGCGAGGCCGAGGCCCCCGAGGGCGGCGGGGACGGCGGGGAGAAGGCGGGCGGGCCGGAGCGGGCGGAGGGGGCGAGCCCGGGGCGCUGUGCGCGGGGCGAGGCGGGGAAGGAGGCUGAGAUGCCCGCAGCCAGCGGGGCGCAGGGCGAGGCCGAGGCCCCGGGGCGCGGGCAGGGGGCGAGCCCGGGGCGCUGUGCGCAGGGCGAGGCGGGGGCGGAGGAGGCUCCGGGGGCGCCCCCAGACCCCGCGGGCCCCGGGGAGGAGGAGGCGGCGGGGCCGGCGGGAGGGGCGCCCGGGGCGGGGAGCGAGCCCGGGGCUGGGGCGGACCGCAGCCUCCCGCCGCGGGGGGAGCCGGCGGAGGCCGGGGCGGCGGGGAGCGGGGGCGGCUGCAGCGGGGGGCCCGCGGAGGAGCUUCGGGGUGCAGGUGCGGGGGGUGCAGAGGCGGGGGCUGCGGAGGAGGGUGGGGCCCGGGGGACCGCCGAGGAAGCGGCCCCCGAGAACGGCCAGGAGGGGGACCAGGAGGGGCCCCCAGAGGCGGGGGAGGAGGCAGAGGAGAAGGAGGAGGAGAUGAAGGAGGAGGAAGAGAUGGAGGAGGAGGAGGAGGAGGAGGAGGAGGAGGAGGAGGAGGAGGAGGAGGAGAUGAAGGAGGAGGAGGAGAAGGAGGAGGAAAAGGAGGAGGAGGGGGACAGUCCAGUGCGGGGCCCAGACGGGGCGGGCGGGGAGGCGGCGGCCGGGGGCAGCGAGGACGGGGCCGGGGACGGGGAGGCCGCGCAGCACCGGGCCGCGGGGCUCAGCAACCACCUGCCGGCGGCGGCGGAGGAGGCGGCGGCCGCGAACGGCAGCGGGGAGGACGGCGAGGUGUCCGCGGAGGGCGCUCGGGGCCGCGAGCACGACAUCACGCUCUUCGUGAAGGCCGGCUGCGACGGGGAGAGCAUCGGGAACUGCCCGUUCUCUCAGCGCCUCUUCAUGAUCCUCUGGCUAAAGGGCGUCAUGUUCAAUGUGACCACGGUGGACCUGAAAAGGAAACCCACGGACCUGCAGAACCUCGCCCCCGGGACCAACCCGCCGUUCAUGACCUUCGACGGGGAGGUCAAGACGGACGUGAACAAGAUCGAGGAGUUUCUGGAGGAGCGCCUGGCCCCCCCGAGGUACCCCAAGCUGGGGACCCGGCACCCUGAGUCCAACUCCGCCGGGGACGAUGUGUUUGCCAAGUUCUCCGCCUUCAUCAAGAACACCAGGGAGGACGCGCACGACAGCCACGAGCGGAGCCUGCUGCGGGCGCUGCGGCGGCUGGACGGCUACCUGAACUGCCCGCUGCCCGCCGAGGGCGAGGCCGACGGCGAGGACGCGGCCGUGUCCGGCCGGAAGUUCCUGGACGGGGACGAGCUCACGCUGGCCGACUGCAACCUGCUCCCCAAGCUGCACAUCCUCAAGAUCGUGGCCAAGCGGUACCGGGGCUUUGAAAUCCCCUCCGACAUGACCGGCAUCGCCCGGUACCUGAGCAACGCCUACGCCCGGGACGAGUUCACCAACACGUGCCCUGCCGACCGGGAGAUCGAGCAGGCCUACUCGGCCGUGGCCAAGAGGAUGAAGUGA